UCAUGUUGAUCACUGCUUUACCUUUUGGUUGUGUAAAAAGACUGUUGGAAAGUCUUUAACUUUUACAUCCAUAAAAUGGAUUCUGAUACAAUGCAACCAAAGAUGAUAGGCGACGGUGGAGCAUCCAUUUCAAUUAGAAUGGAAAAUCGGAUAGCUAGUUCUAUCAUGGAAAAGCUUGAAAUUCGUGCACCUUCGGGACGAUGCUCUAUUCAUAGGGUUCCUGAAAGAUUUCACAAAAUGAGAAAGCCUAGUGCAUACAAGCCUGGGGUUGUCUCUAUUGGUCCUUAUCACCGUGCAAACCAAAGUUUAAAAGCAACAGAAGACUUGAAGUUGUUGUAUGCACGCAAAUUACUUACCGUAACCGUAAGAGCCAGAAGAGAAAGUUCCAAGUUGUAUGCGCUAACAGUUGAAGAAGAAGAAGAAGAUUUGUUUGCAAUAGUAGAUGAGUGUGUUUCAUCUGUUACAGAGAUGGAAACAGAAAUUCGUAUGUGCUAUUCAGAAUCAGUUGAACCCGACAGUAACAAAUUUGUCGAAAUGAUGAUAAUCGAUGGAUUGUUCAUAAUUAAGAUGUUAAUAAGGUACACUUUGGGGAGUUAUUAUAUUGCAGAUGACCCGUUAGAUGGCAACGAUUGGCUCUUGAUGAUUGUCCAACAGGAUAUGUUCCUUCUUGAAAACCAAAUUCCACUGUUUGUCCUUCAAUGCUUGGCCAAGAUCAUCAUCAAUGUAGAAGAGUCGGGGCAUACGUACCUGAACAAGGUUAUUCACAGUUUUAUUAUCAACGGAAAGUUGUCGUAUAUAUCGCCAGCUAAUCAGAUACUUCUUGAAGAGCUUCUGAAUCGAUGUGAAAAUGCUUACCAUUUACUAGAUUUCUUUAUUAAACUUGUCCAACCUCCUGAUCCUGUGGAUUCGGCAUCCUCAUUGAAAACAGUACAGAUUCCUACGAGGUUAAAAACCAACACGGUAGUCAAGUUCACAAUUUCGCAGUAUUCAUUUUUGAAAUCAUUUAUACAUAAUCUAUUCACGAAGCUAAAACGUACUUGUAUUACCGAUGAGGAAAGGGAAAAUCCUUCAGAUACAUCAACCGAUUUCUUUUUACCAAGUGCCACAGAGCUAAGCCUUGCAGGAGUCAGGUUCAAGAAGGGGUCUGCACAAGGAAGUUUUUUGGAUAUUAAAUUCAAUCGUCGUACAGGCAUUCUGAAAAUUCCUCCAUUAUGUAUCUAUGACGAAACUGAUCCAUUGCUUAGAAAUGUCAUCGCUUGUGAGCAAUCAUGUGGUGGAGGUUACCAUAUAACUUCAUAUGUUACUAUGAUGGAUUUUCUUAUAAACUCUGCGGAUGAUGUCAAGCUUCUUCGUAAAGAAGAAAUAAUUUCUAAUUAUUUAGGCUGCGAUGAAGACGUCUCUGAAAUGUUUAACAAGCUUUGCGUUGGGAUAAUAUUAGACAGUACUUAUUAUUCUAAUUACAUAAAUGACAUAAACAAGUUUUAUAAGAAGCGCUGGCAUAGAUGGAAAGCGACUUUGAAGCGUGAGUAUUUCAACAGUCCAUGGGCGAUUGUGUCGGUCCUUGCAGCAAUUCUAGUUAUUGCACUCACGAUCAUAUCCACUGUAUUUGGAAUCCUUUCAUUUGUUUUCCAUAAGUAGUGAUCAAAAGCUCCCUAUGCCUUGGUAGUUUGUUGCGGGUGUUGCAUAUCUUGGGUUCUAUCCUUAUCUGUUACGCGUGUGUUUGUUAAUUAAGCUGCUUGUCUUGUUUGGUAGUUGUUUGCACAUGUGGUGGUAUGAAAUCAAAUUUUAUGUCUCUAAUGAAUCUUAUCAUCUUGUCUGAUAUUU